UUAUAUUUAUAUAAAACAACCCCACAUCACCAUUUCCUUGUAUAAGCCAACCUAAACAACACCCACAGUAGCAGAGACUUCCAAGAUCUCAAUCUCUCCAAACACAACAAAACAACACAAAGUUCGAUGGACGUGGAGGCUCACGAGCCGCGGCCGCCGCCAUCAGCCCUAACGCGGCUCAACAAGUACGUUGCCAAAACCCGAGUCGGCAAGCACUUCAAACUCGCCGAGCGCAACUCCACUUUCACCACGGAGCUCCGCGCCGGCACCGCCACGUUUCUCACCAUGGCCUACAUCCUCGCAGUCAACGCCUCCAUUCUUUCCGACUCUGGCGCCACCUGCUCCGUCUCGGACUGCAUCCCUCUCUGCUCAGACUCGACACAGUCUCUCCAAAAUUGCACCGGAUCGGUCAUCCAACCUGACUCGACGUGCAAAUUUGACCCGGUCAACCCUGGCUACUCCACCUGCAUAGAAAAAGUUCGAAAAGAUCUCAUCGUCGCCACCGUUGCCUCCUCCCUCAUCGGCUGCUUAAUCAUGGGCACCUUCGCGAAUCUCCCGCUGGCUUUAGCUCCGGGUAUGGGCACCAACGCCUAUUUCGCAUACACCGUUGUCGGGUUUCACGGAUCGGGUAAUGUCUCUUACAAGAGCGCAUUGGCCGCUGUGUUUAUCGAAGGCUUGAUUUUCCUCUUCAUCUCCGCAAUCGGGUUGCGCGCCAAGCUCGCAAAAUUGAUCCCGAAACCGGUUCGGAUCAGCUCCUCCGCUGGUAUUGGACUUUUCCUGGCGUUUAUCGGGUUGCAGAACAACGAGGGAAUCGGGUUAAUCGGGUACAGUUCCUCGACGUUGGUGACGAUCGGAGCCUGCCCCGCUUCCUCGCGGGCAUCUUUGGCUCCCGUCAUAACGGCUGCUAACGGCACCGUUAUUUUGAUCCAGGGCGCUACCGUUUCGGGGGAUAUUAUGUGCCUGCGGGACCGAAUGGAAAGCGCGACGUUUUGGCUUGGCGUGGUCGGCUUCGUAAUUAUUGCGUAUUGUUUGGUUAAAAAUGUGAAGGGGGCGAUGAUUUACGGGAUUAUUUUCGUGACGGCCGUUUCAUGGUUCCGUAACACCAAAGUAACUGCGUUUCCCAAUACGGAUGCGGGAGAUUCGGCGUAUGAAUACUUUAAAAAGGUGGUUGAUAUACAUACGAUCGAGAGUACGGCCGGGGCACUGAGCUUCAAGGAUAUUGGAAAGGGUUAUUUUUGGGAGGCACUAAUUACGUUUUUAUACGUAGACAUACUCGACACCACCGGUACUUUGUACUCGAUGGCCCGAUUCGCCGGAUUCACCGACGACAACGGCAGUUUCGAGGGCCAAUAUUUUGCUUUCAUGUCGGAUGCUUCGUCCAUUGUGGUGGGUUCCUUGCUGGGCACGUCACCCGUGACGGCAUUUAUUGAGUCAUCUACAGGUAUACGGGAGGGCGGACGUACAGGACUAACGGCGUUGACGGUGGCGGGAUAUUUCUUUUUGGCGUUUUUCUUCACGCCGUUAUUGGCGUCGAUACCGGCUUGGGCAGUGGGGCCGCCCCUGAUUUUGGUUGGGGUGCUGAUGAUGAAAUCAGUGGUGGAGAUUGAGUGGGAAGACAUGAGGCAGGCGAUCCCGGCCUUUGUGACGUUGAUUUUGAUGCCGUUGACUUACUCCAUAGCGUAUGGGCUGAUUGGUGGGAUUGGAACAUUCAUAGUGUUGCACGUAGGGGAUUGGGGCCUAGAACUUUUGGUCAAAUUAGGGAUUGUAAAGGGGGGAGGAGGUGGUGGGGUGAUCAAUGGGGCACAUGAUCAUCAAACUAGAGAAGAAGAUGCAAAAGUGGCUGAAAUUGGAGUUUAAACAUUUCAAUUUUCACCUAUAUAGCAAAAAUUGGGGUCAAUGGGUUCAUAGAUACAUGUACAUAUUCUACAUGUUUCAAAAGUCUUGCUGGACUUUUUAGAUCUCUGUUUUUGUUUUUAUUUUUGGAAUUGAUAUUUAUUUUGUUUUGUAUACAAAUGACAUUGAGUCGAAUGUAAGGUACAAUUAUUUGAAUUGUAAACUUCUUUUUUAAUAUUUGUAUGAAAUACUUAUACUCACAAGUGA